CGCGCAGGGCGAAGUGAGAACGAGAAUUGAAAAUGUUCGAAGACUGACAAGUAUAAUUUCACUUUGUUCGAUAACGAGAGAAUUUUUCUUUUUCUUAUUCUUUAAUUAUAUGAAUAGUAUCAACAGAGGCAGCUGAUGAAAGUGAAUUGUAAAUAGGCGUUUUAUAUCGCGUAAUUGCAAAGCGAAACAGAGGCUGCACAAUAGGUUAUAUUUGACUAAAAUUAUAGUCCUCUUGCUCAUCGAAGUGCAAAAUUAGUUAUUAUCCAUUAAGAUGAAUCCUUCGUGUGACUCUUCAGUGGAAAUAAAAAAGGAAAUAAAUGAGGACGACGAAUUGUUCGAUAUAGUGAUAUGUAUGGAUAAUGAGGGAAUUGUCGAAUCGAGACAUGAAGUGGAAAGAAAUGAUUUAGACAAUAGUCCUUGGUAUGAGGACGAAAUAAAUGAAGAAGUUUACGGAAACGCGCAAAACUAUGAAAAUUCGAGUGCACAAAGUGACGAUACUCGAACUGAGCAUAGAAAAAAUAAGGACAACAUUAGAUAUGUAGAGUACAAGGGCAAUGUAAAGAAUAAGCCGGAGAAUUCAUAUACGCUGCGCAAAAGAACGAGGCAAGACAGUAUGGAUAAUGAAGAUGCUAAGAUAUCUCGUACCAGACGUGAUUCCAGUGACUCGAGCACGACCACGAAUUCGUCAGAGAGUAAAAAGCACAUAGAGUUCGAAACUGAUCCGAUUGUAUUAGCACGUAGACAAAAGGAAAUAGAUUAUGGCAAAAACACUAUUGGAUACGACAGAUACAUUCAGCUAAUCCCCAAAGAGAAACGUACACGAGAACAUCCAAGGACACCACCAAAAUAUAUAAAAUACAGUAGGAGAGGCUGGGAUGGUAUGGUGAAAUUGUGGCGAAAACAACUUCAUUCUUGGGAUCCUCCUCAGGAAAAUGACAAGGCUGAUUAAAAAAAUACUAAAAUUAUUUUAUUAAAAUGCUGCCAAUUAUUUCUUUAAUUUAUAUUGCAAUUGCAUUAUUUCCUAUACUGUUUGUUCACAUAUCAUUUCUAGAGU